GCUAGAGGGAGUGGGAUUUGCCGAGAAGAGAUGCGAUUGUCUGUCUAGUGCCUACAAACUACAGUCCUCAUGUAGAAACUGUGCAAGUGCAAAUUUUGAACUAUGCAAAUCACAGCUACAGAAAAACCAAAAAAGGGAGCUUCACCAAGGCAGCCAAACAAGAAAACCCAACACUUCGCCUUCCCAAAGGGUGCUCUCUUCCAUGUAAAAUACACAUCAGAACUUCUAAAGCAAGCUCCUCGCUGUAGUACUAAUCCAUCUCUUCUUUGCAACUCGGUCGACUGCGGAUGCCGGGUGGAAGUGCAAUGGAGAGAGGACGCUACUGGACGUGGACGAAGGUGCAAGAGUGUGUGGGGUCCCAUAUUCAACCGUCCACGGCUUCCUUGUACAACGAUUCAUGGGAAGAACAAGCCUUUGCAGUCGACUCAGCUGGACAUCUUGGAGGAUGCAUAUGGCCCCCGAGAUCUUAUACUUGUAGCUUCUGCAGAAGAGAAUUUAGGUCUGCUCAAGCUCUAGGUGGUCAUAUGAACGUCCAUAGGAGGGAUAGAGCUAGGCUUAAGCAAUCUCCAACUUCCCACGAUGAAAUUCUUCAUCAUCACCAUCAAACUCAUUACCCUGAUCAUCAGAAUCCUUGUACAUCAUUGGGUGUUCAAUACCCAUCUCAGCUUUGCACUUUGGUUUACAGUCCUAACCCUAACUCUAAUCCAGGUGUUGUUUCUUCAUCUAAAUCGACUUCUAGGGUUUCGGCCCCAUCUACUCAAGAGAAUUGUAGUGAACAGGCCUUGGUUUCUCCCUCUUAUUCUUCUUCUACUGUUCAACAACACCGAAAGGGUUCCCUUUUAUCUCCCCCACCCUCGUGGUCGGACUCGGUUGCUGUUAAGGUUCUUGCUCUCUCGGAUGCAAAGAUUGAAGGGGAGAAGAUACCGAUUACACAAGAAUCAGGAUGCCGGGUUUCGGGGGAUUACGCUAAGCCAGAUUUGGCUGUGAGCCUGAAUUUGGUUGUGCAUCGGAAUCGAUCACCAGGGACGUCAGCUGGCGAUGAUGAUGAUGAUCAGGAGACCAUUAGUAGGAAGAGAAAGAGAACCGAUACAUCAACGUUGCCUUUCUUUCUCGAACCAAGUUCAGUUGAUUUACGUCAUCUUCAAUCGGAAGUACUUGGAGUUUGCCCUGGUUCCAUGGAGGACUUAGAUCUUGAGCUAAGGCUCGGCCGUCGGCCUAAGGUGAAGUAGACUUGCAGAAUUGAUGCGUUUAAAUGGUAUUUACUUGUUCAAUGUGUUCAUCUCAUUUUCAAUUCGAUCUUCAUAUACUCCUUUUGUUUUGCUUUAUAAUUA